AUGGUUAAAAUAUAUGAUACGAAGCUGCGCGGCAAAAUCCCAAAUCCGUCUGGCAGAAUAUCGAAUGAGUCGCGCGCGAUAUAUCAAUCACUUCAAACCACCCGUUACCUUGAAUACCUUUGGGUAAACUUUAGUGGUGUGCAUUCUAGUGAUAAGCACGUGUUUUCUAUCCUUCUCUUGGUGAAUGAGAAGCAUUUUGAGAAAGUAUGUGUAUGGGACUAUCUCCAGGGAUUUACUUCUGAGAAGUUUAACUCACUCUUUCGUCGAAUCUUGUUUCCUAAACAGAACUUCAGUUCAAAAAAUUUCGAGAGAACUGCUCGUGUAAAGUUCUUAAACCACGUCUUCCUGUCCCUUGAGGCAGAAAAAAUCAGGGCGGUGGUCCUGCCUUUUGUCAGUUUGCCCCUCUGGUCAAAUCUGAGCAAAACGAGGUUGCAGUUAGAGCUUCGCAAUAAUCGCCAACUGGAGAAGCACUGGAAAUACUUCAUGAAAAAAGAAGCUGAGUCAAUGCAGAGAAGUGGUCACAUAUCUCUGAAGGAAAGCCCCGAAUCAGCUUGGUUGCCAGCGUUGAUCAGUGAGUUUUUUGAAAUUCUUAAGUGCACUACUAUGAAUCUGAAGGCGGGGACGCUGAAAGAGGGCGAGUUCGAUAAAGCGGUCACGAACAUUCCAGCGAUAUAUUACUGCGAGCAAUUCAUUCAACUUAUCACUGACCUUUUGUCACAGCUUCCAACCCGGCGAUUUGUUCGCGCUUUGUUUGACGACUGCAAGCUUCUGAUAAAAGCUCGCUUGGCAGCCUUUCAUGCUCAUCCAGCUGGCCAACUUUACCGUCAACUGAUUAAUCUCUUCGAAAUAUACCAGGAAUUCGAAAUCAAUGACCACACCGGAAAGCCUCUUACAGAUGAAGAUAUCGCAACCUCCCACAGUGAACGGUUGGUUCACCUGCAAAAACUAUGUUUCAAAGAAAUAAAAAGUCUUCGUUGUGUAGCACUCAGUCACUGCGGUGCUUUCGAAAAACGCCAGGUACUGAUCAAACACCUUGCUAACCUUGACAAUAAGGAACUGUAUUCCUUAGCAACCGAGCAUUUGCGUUUAGUUGAUCCAGAUGAUCCAUGGGCAUCAGAUCCUAAUUUUAUACUCGAAGUUCUUGUCUCCACUUUUGAAAAGCGUGUAUCCCAGCGCCGGGUGAUCAAUGAGAUGCCAUUGUAUCCCAACGAGGAUCUGAUAUUGGAUUCUAAAUUGCUACCAACUUCCACGUAUGCAGAAGAGAAAUGUCUGGCGCUGCCUAAACUUAGUUUGCAAUUCCUUACCUUGCAAGACUAUCUCCUCAGAAACUUUGUUCUUCUCCGACUUGAAGCAGCUUAUGAAAUUCGCGGGGACAUUUUUGACGCACUGUGUCGCAUGGGCCCUUACAAGAAUCCUGCUACAGAUUCAGUUGCGUUUUCAGGCUGGGCACGCAUGGCAACGACUGUGGUACCGGGUGGUCUGACUGUGACAGAGGUAAAGAAACCCAGGGUUGGGGAAGAAAAGCCUGCUUCGGUUACGUGUGAGGUAACAAUUAAUCUAAGCAAUGUGUGUGGAUCUGCGCAGGAUGAGUGGGAUCAAAUCAGGGCACAUGACGUCGUAUUUCUCCUGGCCGUUGAGGGAUGCAACGAAAUAGAUGCAGAGAAGUUGGCACCACAGCAACAAGGAAUGGGGAUCGAAACACGCAGUACAGUGAACAUGUUUGGUCUUCAGUUCGUUCGUGGUGCUGAAGUAAUUGAGGUAAGGAACAAGUCACGAAAGCAUCAAAAUAUAUCAACGUGUAUAGCCAGUACAAUCGGGAAGUCAGCAGUAAAAGAAAAUGGUGACCAUCGAACUUUCACACUUUCAUUAGAUCCGGCCCAGUACCAGGUUGAUGCUCUCAACAAAUCUCGAAAUCCAGAGUCUGAUGUGUACCGGAAAUUAAAUGUGUUUGUGCGCCGAAAGCCAAAGGAAAAUAAUUUUAAGGCACUCCUUGAAUCUAUUCGAGAUAUAUUGAACACCGAAUGCGUCAUACCUGAAUGGCUGCACGAUAUAUUUUUAGGAUAUGGGGACCCGUUUGCAGCGCAAAGCUCUGCUCUUCCUUGCAGAUUGCACACGGUCGAUUUCAAGGAUACAUUUGUUGAUGAGAACCACUUGCGAGACUCUUUUCCUGGUUUUGAGAUCAAGUUGACUGAGUCUAAGUCAACUGAACCUCUUUUUUGCCGUGUCACUUUUCAAACGUCAGCAGGUUCUAUUCACUUGAAGGGCAAAGGUGAACCUUGUGAAAGUAAAAAGUUGACCGAUAGAAGCAUGGGCUCAAAAUGCGCUGAGACUGGAGCAACGUUGUUAGUUGAAUCGUAUAACCCGCUGGAUGUAUGCCCAGAUUUAAACAAUCAACGGAGCCUAACCAUGAAUCGAGUGCGUUUUACCCCUGCACAGGUGGAAGCAAUUUCCAGCGGAGUUCAACCUGGUCUGACUAUGGUGGUUGGGCCUCCAGGAACAGGAAAGACGGACACUGCCGCCCAGAUCUUACAUUGUCUGUAUUGCAACGAGCCAAACCAGCGAACUUUGCUGAUCACUCAUUCUAACGCUGCUCUGAAUGACUUGUUUCAGAAGCUCUUAAUGCGCGAUGUCCCUUCCAGAUAUCUUCUUCGGCUGGGCCAAGGUGAGUCUGACCUUGACACUGACCUAGACUUCUCGAGGGCAGGGCGAGUCAAUGCUAUGCUCAUUAGACGUCUUGAACUUCUGAGAGAAGUUGAGAUGCUCGCAUCUUGUCUUGGCCAACCGAAAGACGUGGCGUACACCUGCGAAACAGCUGGACACUUCUGGCUGCUUCAUGUGCUGUCUCGUUGGGAGAUAUUUGAAUCUGAUGUGGCAGCAUCUAAGGAUCCCAAGUUCGUUAGCUGCAGUUUCCCCUUCACGGCGUUCUUUUCAAGUGUACCACAGCCGUUGUUCUCCUCAAAAUCCUUAGUUGAUGACAUGGACAGAGCUCGAGCAUGCAUGCGAUACAUACAAAAUAUAUUCUAUGAGUUGGAGGAGUGUCGCCCCUUUGAAUUGCUCAAAGGAAACCGUGACCGUUCCAACUACCUGCUCACGAAACAGGCCAAGGUCGUCGCGAUGACGUGUACCCAUGCUGCUAUUAAAUACAGCGAAUUCAUUCGUUUAGGGUUCAAGUAUGAUAACCUCGUGAUGGAAGAAUCUGCUCAGAUUCAGGACAUUCAGGCAUUUAUUCCCAUGCUACUUCAAAAAAACGAUAACGGACAUAGUCGUCUUAAGAGAGUGGUACUUAUUGGUGAUCAUCAUCAGCUCCCCCCAGUUGUCAAGAACUCGACACUUCAAAACUUCUGCAAUAUGGAUCAAUCUCUCUUCACGCGACUCAUACGGCUCGGUGUUCCGAAGAUAGAGCUGAAUGCGCAGGGUCGCUCCAGACCAGUCUUGUCUCAAUUGUAUAAUUGGCGAUACCUCAGCCUCGGCGACUUACCUGUCACCAAGCGUGGAGAAUUUGAGCUUGUGAAUCCUGGUUUUUCGCAUGAGACUCAGUUCAUUGAUGUUGAUGACUACAAUGGUGUGGGAGAAACACAGCCAACUCCACAUUUCUUUCAAAAUCUCGGCGAAGCAGAAUAUAUUGUUAGUGUUUUUCAGUAUAUGCGACUCCUUGGCUACCCAGCAGACAAAAUUACAAUCAUUACAACAUAUCGUGGUCAGAAGCACUUAAUUAAAGAUGUCGUUGCCCGACGUUGUGCAACACAUCCUUUAUUUGGCAAUCCACUGAAGAUAACUACCGUGGAUGAGUAUCAAGGACAGCAGAAUGACUACGUUUUGUUAUCGCUGGUCAGAAGUAAAUCGGUGGGCCACAUACGUGAUGUGCGGCGACUUGUCGUUGCCGUGUCUCGAGCCCGGCUCGGGCUUUACAUUUUUGGCCGCAAGAAGCUGUUUGAGCAAUGUUUUGAACUCUCUCCGACAUUUAGUCACCUAUUCAUGUUUCCCACGAAACUUGCACUGGUUCCUACGGAAAUAUAUCCCCCUAUGAGGUCAAUUUCCGAGACGGUCACUCCCUAUGUGGUUGAUGAUGCUCUUGCGAUGGGACUUCUUGUUAAUCAGCUUGCUCUCAAAUGGCAUCGAGAGCAAAAUACAGGUGAGCCGGUGAAAUUGUAG